AUGUAUCGUCAAGACUAUUCAAAUACAGCUUUCGAAACGUGUGUACACUUGGACACACAAAAGUUGACGGAAGUGAACUUCACGAGCCAGCUGCCCCAAUUCCUGGAAAAUUCCCUCAGUGGGCAUCGGAGGGAACAUCUCCUUUCACCUGUCUACAAGAUGCUUACAACGCCCUCAGUUGUUGUGUCUGAACUUUGUCGAUAUGUUGUCGAACACGACAUAAAAGGCAUUGAAAUUUUUCAAUCUUAUCCAAUGGAGCCGCUACCAUUUUUACGACCUGAAUAUAGAAAACAUUUCCGUUUGAACACGGCUUUAGGAAAAAUCAAACAUAAAGAUGGGCUUGUGCAUGGAGCUUUGAAUGAUGGAAGUGCGGACUUCAUUCCAAUCGCAACAUCAGAAUUGCCGUUAUUAUUCCGAAAAAGGCAUAUUAAUAUUGAUUUCGCGUUGGUUACUUUAACGCCUCCAGAUAAACACGGAUUUUGCUCCCUUGGUGCAAAUGUCGGCUCAUGCCGUUCCGCAAUUCAGAAUGCAAAGAUUAUUAUUGGACAAGUGAACCCACUUUCUCCGAAUACCUAUGGGGAUUCAACCGUUCAUACGAGUCAAAUCGAUUUUUUUAUGUACGGCCCACAACAAUUUGUUUAUCCGGCCCAUCCUCCACCAUCCCCCACCGAAACAAAAAUUGCCAGACUUGUAGUUGAGAAUCUGGUUGAAGAUGGAGCAACAAUUCAGUUAGGAAUUGAUCGCAUAUCAACUGCAGUGGGAUCUAUGCUGGUAAACCAUAGAGACCUCGGAGUACACAGUGAAGCUAUCACCGAUGAAAUUGUUGAUCUCGUUAAUCUGGGCGUUAUUAGUAAUGCAAAAAAACAUGUUCGACGUGGUCGAAUUGUGGCAUCGUAUGCAAUUGGCACCCAGAAAAUUAUGGAUUUCAUCAAUCUCAAUCCCAGUGUUUCCAUGUGCGAUAUUGGCUGGACAAACCUUCCUGAAGUUAUUGCUCGGAAUCCUCGAGUGACGACCGUCAAUCCGGGUAUGGAGAUUGAUCUGACAGGCCAAGUUGUGUCUGGAGGCAUAGCUGAUGAUAUUACCAGCGGUAAGUUGAUUCUUAACUGUUUUUGUUUAACCUUUUAG